AUGCCGCCGCCCGGACCGCCGUCUCCGGCGCCGUCUCUCCCGGCCAAACCGCUCGAGUCGGUGCGUAUGAAGCGCAUGCAGCUGAUCCUGCAGAAAGCGCUCGACGUGUCGGUACACGCUGCAUCGCUCGUGGAUCUACGUGCGUGUCUAGAGAGCGAAUGCCGCGGCGACGAGGACCUUCUUGCCGCGUUUUUCCCGCCUCCCAGCCCCGAGAGCUUGGACGAGGCCAAUACCGAAGAAGUGGCCGCACAGGCAGUCAUGAGUUUGCGGCAGAAGGUGGAGACGGUGUUCCAGUGGCUGUGUGAGACACACGACGUGGAGACGGAGCUGCUGGAGCUGGAAGAGCUUCUUCGCGAGGCGCAAGAGCGACAGCUGCGGCACGUCGCAGCUGAGGAGAAGAAGAACGAGCGUCGAAGCGAGAAAGAGAGCGGAGAGAACGAGCACAUGGAAGUCGAGCAGGACAGAGGGGAAGUACUACAGGCGACGAAAGCGACGCCUGCAGCGUGGAUUCGUGCGGAACGGCUGCAUGCCAAGCUGGAAGAGAAGAAGGAGCUCGAGCGACUGGUCGGCGCGCUGGAGACGAAGAAUCAGGAACUCGAUCGGGUCGUGGAAGAGAGACGACGCGUGGCAACUGCCGAUGUGCAGCGCAUGCAACGCGCAGCGACGCAGUUGGAACAGGUGCGCCAUCUUGCGACAGAGUUUGCCACCACGUUAUGA